CAUCAACUCAUCAACAAACCCUCAUAAUGGCAUUGCAAACUCCAAAGCAAAGACAAGCAAAUACUAAAUUUGCUAAAAAAAACUUAAAUAAACAAGGUAAACCAAGAGAAAAAGAAGAAGAAGUCGAGUUCCCUGUUUCAAAGACUUGGUUGUUUGUUUUAUUGUUCUUAGUAUGUGGUGGUGCUGUAUUAGAACUUUUAAGAAUUAUAUUUUAAAUUUAUAAAAGUGAUUUACUGUAUUUUUAGUGGAAGAAGUAAUAUAGUAUUCUUUUUCAGAACGAGAUAAAUCUAAUUUCAAUUCAUCCAAUGUUAC